GGGAGGGAUUGGCCUGGGCCAGGCCCGAGAGGUUUGCUGGUGCCAGUGUAGUCUCAGGGCUUUGAGCUCUUGUAGGUGAAGAGACAAGAAGGCGGCAAGAGCAACGCUAACAGACGCUGCUGAGGUGGCGAAGCGGGGUCCCAAAAAGAAAAAAAAGAGGAAGCCAAAUUUCAAGCUCAACAAGAAGAAGCAGCAAGACUUGAAAAGGAGAGAAUUGAAAAAGAGCAGAUGGAAGCACUCGAGGCAAAAAAUAAAGAACGAAAGGAGUUUGAAUUAGCAGAACUUCAUUCACUGGAACAGAAGUUUCUAUCUGCACAGCAGUGGAAAAUGGAUUAUAGAGCACAUGAAAAGUGGGAGCAUUACCUCCGUUGUGAUGGCAGACCUGACCCAACUGUACUGCAGGAAAUAAAUACUUUCAUGAGCUUAUGGCGUGAAGAUCAAAAUGAGGACAUUCAGCUUGUGAUGGAGAAGGGAGGACAGGUGCUAAAUUUAAUUGAGAAGUUGCAUCUUCUUUUGUUGGACACACCACCCAAUGAGAUAACAGAAAAAGAAACAGUCCAGUACCAGGAAUCUAUUCUGGAAUUGCAGAAUCUGCUUCAUCAGAAGUACAAUAGAGCAACAGAGAAGCUGCUUAAAACAGCUCAUGUGCACGAAGAUUCUGACCCUGGAAACAUGCAGGCUGUCAUAAAGGACAAAAAUGUUACUUUCUGUAUUUGGGCCAACCUGAAGAAGAAAGUAAGGUUGAAAAAUCACACGUUUAGCGAUGUGCAGCAUGGAUUUGAUCUUCCAAAGCCACUGGCUGUCAGCAGUGUUGCUGUUCGCAUAUUGCACACUCAUUAUGACCACGUGUCUCCACUUUGGCUGCAGCAUCAGGGUGUGCCAAAAUUGGAGGUCUCAGAUGGCAAAGAGUUGACUCUGGAUUCAAAAGACAACAUAGAAGUACCAGAAGAGGAUGAAGAGAAAUCCAGAGAGCCCAACAUGUCUGCUGAGGAAGAAAUGGAAGAAGUGUGUUCUGAUGGGAGAAAGAGUAACAUCUUGUUCGAAGAAAAUAGCAAUAGCAUAGCUGAUAUAAACGAGACAGAGGAGGAAACUGAGAAGAAAUCAGAAAUCUUGGACAUACCAUCACAAGCUCAGGAUCCGCUGGUGAAGGAAGAGAGAAGUGAAAAAAGAGAGGCAAUAACUGGUGAAAGCAUAGUUGAUUUGCAGCAGUUUGUACCAGUGGGUGGUGUGUACCAUAUUGAUGCACUGCAGCUUCCACCUCAGGUCAAAGAAAUCAAGGACUGGAGUAUGGUGGAGUUACAGGAUGGAUUGGAGUCAUACUCAUACCCCCCAGAAGCUGCUGAAGAUGCCACAUGUCCACCACUACAGAUCACCCUUAGGCUUCCUGACAACGUGAUGUAUUUUGAGGAUCCUGUGAUAGCCCGAUGGGAUGCUGCAGGCCAACAGUGGAGAACUGAUGGUAUCAGCAACAUAACAUAUGCAAGGCAAGAGAAGAGCAUCACCUUUGAGAUGGGUGCUUUUUACACAGUAGCACUUUUCCAGAAUGCUCAUCUCAACGUGCCUUAUCAGGCCUGGGAGCUGCAACCUACUGGUACUGAUGAAGCCCUUCUUACAGUGUCUACAAGCUUUGCAGUGAUUCAGAUACAAAUUAAGGAUCAUCAGUGUAUGUUGUCUUCAGUAAUGGUAGAAGAGAAGGAUGUGCUUUCCUCCAUCACAGGGAAAUGGACAAGUCCUGUGGGCCUAAGAGCACUUUUAAAAAAAGCUGGUGUGAAUAUUUUCCCAGGAGAGUAUUCUCACAAGUAUGUCUCCAUGAACAAGAAAGCUGCCCUAGCAGAAGUUAGGGCCUAUCAACAGAUGGCACUGGUUGCAUCGGCUUUUGCUUUUGCUUGGAGCAAGUGGAACACAGAAGCAGGUCAUGAGCAAGUAGUAUUCAAGGUAAGUGAGCAUCUUACAGCCGAUUCUGUGAAAGACAAAGAUUGGUGCCUCUGUAUGUUUAAUGGUCAGAAAGCACAAAAGCUCAAGAUCAGUGAAACGAGUGAAGCUUUUUCAGAUGAGCUAGAAGAAGGUGCCGAAUUUCACUCCACUCUCUACCAUAUGCUGAAGGAUUUUGCCAGCAAAGAUGCAAUUGCUAAAGUAGAGGCAGCUAACUUCCUGUUUAUUGAUAGUGUGUAUCAGCUGCUCCUUGCCACACGAGUUUUAACAUACUCUUAAAUACCGCAUGCUUGCCUUGAGACCUUUAUUAUCAAAAGCUUUCAAUAAAGUUACAGUUCAAGUCUUGAAUUCUUUUCUGUUCAAAUCAUUGGAACAGCUUCAAUGACUAAAAUGCAAACAUUUCAUUUUUG